CUAUUAGUGAUCUUAAUGAAAGGCAUGAUUUUGAAGCAUGAUUGGCCAGCAAGAUGGCAAAGCUUUAUUCCUGAUCUUGUUUCAGCUGCUAAAACUAGUGAAACAAUUUGUGAGAAUUGCAUGGCUAUAUUGAAGCUUCUAAGUGAAGAGGUGUUUGAUUUCUCAAGAGGAGAGAUGACUCAAAGUAAGAUAAAGGAGCUUAAACAAUCAUUGAACAGUGAAUUUCAACUCAUUCAUGAGCUAUGCUUAUAUGUACUAUCAGCCUCUCAAAGAACUGAGCUUAUACGUGCAACACUCUCCACAUUGCACGCAUUUCUCUCAUGGAUUCCCCUGGGAUAUAUAUUGGAGUCUCCAUUGGUUGCAGCACUUAAUUUUGGAGAUUUCUACAAUGCCCAGUACGUUAAGAUGUACACCAUAUUCUUGAAACUGUUGCAGACCAUGAUUCCUCUUAAUACAAACAUUCCUGAGGCUUAUGCAAUUGGUUCCAGCGAAGAGCAGGCUUUUAUUAAGAAUUUGGCUUUGUUUUUCACUUCAUUUUAUAAGUCUCACAUUCGUGUGCUGGAAACUCCUGGAGAGAACAUAGCUGCUUUGCUCAUGGGUGUUGAAUAUCUUACCAAAAUUUCAUAUGUGGAUGACACAGAAGUUUUCAAGAGCUUAUUGACUAAUAACUCAUAG